AAGGAAGCUUCUCUGUGGCCUCUGAAGACAAGAUCCUUUUCAAACUUUUCUUUAGUCGAAGUGUGUCGGUUGCUUAGUUGGGGCUGUCAUGACGCUGCUGGAGCCUGAAAUGCUAAUGACGGCUGUGCGCUCAGUGCUCCAGUUGAAGCUUCAGCAGCGACGGACCCGGGAGGAGCUGGUGAGCCAAGGGAUCAUGCCGCCUCUGAAAAGUCCAGCAGCGUUUCAUGAGCAGAGAAGGAGCUUGGAGCGAGCCCGGACAGAAGAUUAUUUGAAACGGAAGAUCCGUUCCCGGCCGGAGAGAUCAGAGCUGGUCAGGAUGCACAUUUUGGAAGAGACUUCAGCUGAACCUUCCCUCCAAGCCAAACAGCUAAAACUGAAGAGAGCCAGGCUGGCCGAUGACCUCAAUGAGAAGAUAGCCCAGCGGCCGGGCCCCAUGGAACUGGUGGAGAAGAACAUCCUUCCUGUGGAGUCCAGUCUGAAGGAGGCCAUCAUUGUGGGACAGGUCAAUUAUCCCAAAGUGGCUGACAACUCUUCUUUUGACGAGGACAGCAGCGAUGCCCUGUCCCCUGAGCAGCCAGCCAGCCACGAGUCCCAAGGGUCAGCGCCAUCACCACUAGAGGGGCGAAGCAGUGAGCCCCUGGCCACCUCAGUUUCUGUGUCCCCUCCUCAGGUGGUAUCCCAGCUCCAAGUGUGCCCCGACUCCAGUGAACCCGCUUUCCUGGCGGAGCAACUUUCUCCUCUGCCAGCACCGCCUUUGCUGCCACCCAGCCUCCCCAACGGAGGGCCUGCUCCCACUGCCAAGCCCACCCCAGCACUCAUCAAGCAAAGCCAGCCCAAGGCCCCGGGGGAGAAGCCCCCUCGCAGCAAGAAGGCGAAAGAGCUGAAGCCCAAAGUGAAGAAGCUGAAGUACCACCAGUACAUCCCCCCCGACCAGAAGCAGGACAAGGGGGCGCCCCCCAUGGACUCCUCCUACGCCAAGAUCCUGCAGCAGCAGCAGCUCUUCCUCCAGCUGCAGAUCCUGAACCAGCAGCAGCAGCAUUACAACUACCAGACCAUCCUGCCGGCCCCGCCCAAGCCGGUGGGUGAGCCCCAGGGGAACAGCAGCCCAGCCUCCCUGCGUACUCUCCCUGCCGCCCUGGGCGGCUCAGCCUCUGGCCCCCCUGGGCCCAGCGGCCUCGUGCGCCAGAACUCCGUGCCUUGCAAGCUGGGCCCGCUGCCCUCCAACCUGGACGACAUGAAGGUGGCUGAACUGAAGCAGGAGCUCAAGAUGAGAGCAUUGCCCGUCUCGGGCACCAAGACAGACCUGAUCGAGCGGCUCCGGGCCUACCAAGAGCACACCGGCAUCCCUGGCCCUGCCUCUGGAGCCCCCAAGCCCGGGGCCGCCCCCAUCCUCGCCAAGGCUGGGGAAGUGGUGGUGGCCUUCCCUGCAGCCCGGCUAAGCGCGGGGCCUGCCCUGAUGGCAGCAGGCCUGGCACCCACCGAAGUUGUCGUGGCCACCGUGACCAGCAACGGGAUGGUGAAGUUUGGCAGCACGGGCUCAACACCCCCAGUGUCUCCCACGCCCUCGGAGCGCUCCCUGCUGAGCACGGGGGACGAGAACUCCACUGGCGGUGGCGGCGGCAGCGGCGACACCUUUGGGGAGAUGGUGACCUCGCCUCUGACGCAGCUCACCCUGCAGGCGUCUCCAGUGCAGAUCCUGGUGAAGGAGGAGAGCCCUGUGGCCCGGGCCGAGCGUGGCGGCAGAGACCUCGAGAGCCGGGACAAGGACCAGAUGCUGCAGGAGAAGGACAAGCAGAUCGAGGAGCUGACGCGAAUGCUCAGACAGAAGCAGCGGCUGGUGGAAAUGCUGAGGCUGCAGCUGGAGCGAGAGAAGCGCGCCCAGCAGGCAGCCCCCCCCCCUCCUCCCCCCGCCCUCCCGGCCCAGGUGAAGCAGGAGGACGGCUUCUCCAGCUGCCAGCUCACACCGGAGCCCAGCACCACGCCCGUGCUGGCGGUGACAGUGAAGCAGGAGGCCAUGCCGGAUGAGGAGCCUCCCAGCUGCCUCCUGGCACCAGACCUGAGUGGCCUCCUCCCAGGGCCUCCACCGGCGCUCAUCGCGGAUGCCACGGGGACCCACAUCGUCCUCACUGUGACCAAGCGGGACUCGGCUGAUGACGAGCCCAGAAAAAUGGGCAGCAGCCAGAGCCCCUCCCAGCCCUCGUCAGAGCCUAGUUCCCCAGCAGCCCUCCAGCCCUCCCAGAUGGACCUGGACCACCAGCCCCAGGCCCUGUUUGAAGCAGCUCCUGGGGCCAGCCCCCUGCCCAGCCUAGUGAAGAAGGAGCCCCCUGGCUACGAUGAGGCUGUGGAGCAGCAGCCCAAGCCCCAGGAAAAUGGUUCCUCGAGCCAGCAGAUGGACGAUCUCUUUGACAUCCUUAUUCAGAGUGGAGAAAUUUCAGCCGACUUUAAGGAAUCCUCGCCCUCACCCGGGAAGGAUGCAAGCCCAGCCCUGCCCUGCCCUUCCCCAGCCACUCCUCAGCCUCCUCCGGAGCUGCCCCUGCCCCUGGGCACCAGCCCUGCCCCCGGCCGCCUGGAAGACUUCCUGGAGAGCAGUACGGGGCUGGCUCUGCUGCCUGGGGGGCAGGAAGGACCUGAGCCCCUGUCUCUCAUCGACGACCUGCACAGUCAGAUGCUGAGCAGCGCCGCCAUCCUGGACCACCCGCCUUCCCCCAUGGACACUUCGGAAUUGCACUUUGCCCACGAGCCCGGCACUGGCCUGGGCCUGGACUUGGCCGAGGGCCACCUCGACAGCAUGGACUGGCUGGAGCUGUCGGGGGGGCCCGUCCUCAGCCUGGCUCCCCCCAGCCACGUGGCCCCCAGCCUCUUCUCCACAGACUUCUUGGACAGCCACGAUCUGCACCUGCACUGGGAUUCCUGCUUGUAGUUGGCAGCCCCCAACUGCCCUGGCUGGGGGGACCCCAGGGCCGCCCUCAUCCUCUUCGCUUCCCAACACCAGCUGCCCUCUUCCUGGUGAGCUGGGACCACAGCUGGCGGUGGCCCUGGGCCCUGCUCAUCCUCUGGUACCAGCUGCACCAGGUCUUGGCAGAGGGAGUCCCCUCCCCCCACCCCCCAUGGGGCUUUCCCAGGUGGCCUUGGGCCAGGCUGGGGAAGUUUGCUAUUUGCCUCGAUUUUCGAGGCCUGAGGUGCCAUGAUUUUAUCCAGGGCAGGAUGGGGGCGAGGAGCAGGAGCUCUCGGUCCCAGGUGCCCGGGCAGUCCAAGUGCAGUGGCUGCAUAUGCACGCGCGCCGAAAUGUUCUGUACAGGUGUAAAUAGUGCAAUAUUAUAUAUAUAUAUACAUAUCUCUAUAUAUAUUCUAUACGUACAUCUCUCUCUCUUUGGUGAGAGGCAGCUGAGGCUCUGUAUCCUUUCCUCACUGGCCACAUCCCGUGGGCAUGAAUGUGGUGGCACCAGGGGUGUGCCCGGGGAGCCCCUCCCAUAGAUUUGCCUUUGGACUGUGCCCCACCCCAGCCCUACCCUUUUGGUUCCUGAGAGGUGCCACAAGGAGAGGUGCUCCGUGGCAGCCCAGAGCCCACGGCCUCUGGCUGUUUGCUUCCUUGCCGCAAACACUAGAUGGCAGAGCAAGGCUUGGGCCCUUGGGCCCUGCCUGGGGUGGAACAGCUGGGAGGAAAAGGGGUUGGGUUUUUAUAACUAAAAACACACUAGCGCUUUAAGGUGACGUCCUACCUCGAGGGGUGAGAAGGCGGCCUGCAGCGGGAGGCAGUGUGCUGUGGGGUUUUUUAAAAAGCAGGUGCUUUCACAAUAUGCUGUUUAUUUAUAAACCAAAAGAAUAAAGGUCCUAUCACUGUU